AUAUCUUUAUUAGAUCAAUUUGGUAUUGAACUGUGUAAAUUAAAUUAUCUGAAAUCAUUCUUUCUUUUAAAGUGCCAUCAUUCUGGAGUUACUGUACAAAAAGAUAAAAAAGUGUCUUUGUCCAUAACAAAGAAUAUCAGUAAAAUUAAAGUAAGACAUGUAACAAUUAAUAAAUCAAGAAAUAUUAAAACACAAAAACAGUUUAAACAGAUUUAAAGAGUUUAAAAAUACUUUUUUAUACAAAAUGCAUAAGCCUUGACAUCCUAAUAAUAGAUUAUCUACAAUUUAGCAAAGAACAGCACAAUUUAUUUACACUCACGUUAGUCCUUCAGUCUACCCAUCAUCUGUAUGUAAAUCACUUUGAAUAUGAAACACAUCAGCAGAAACUUCCUGUAAAUUACAUUGGCAAUUGUCAAGCUCCUUCUCAGUGGUUCUUCACUUGAGUCCACUCACACACACAAAGACACGUCGUAACAGCAAACAGGCAACAUCAACAAAUCUCAUUUCAGAAUGACCAGCCAGGUGAUCUCAGCUGACAACGCUACAGUCGUCAUUCAAAUAAAUCCACUGAUAGGCCAAAAAAGUGCUGAAGGACAAGAAAAGAGAGGAAUUUAUGCACCCCUCCAAGGGUUUCUUAAAGUACAACCAAAGUCACUGGGGAUUGUGCAGAUUAUGAUUGGAGUGAUGACCCUGCUGACUGGUAUUGUGCUCGCCUUUCAAUUUGACAAUUUUACUUUAACUGUCGUCAGUGGCAUAAACUUCUGGGGAUCCUUCAUUUACAUCAUUGCUGGUUCUCUAUCUGUCGCUGCAGAAAAUAAACUCCAUUCCUGUCUGGUAAAAGCGUCACUUGGAAUGAAUGUGGUCAGUGCCAUAACUGCAGGUGCAGAGAUUAUUCUGAUGUCCAUACAACUGGUAUUUGUGCGGCAUUGGAGAUAUUAUUACAGAGAGUAUGAUGAAGAUUUACGUCUAGACUUUCAGGUUUUAGGUCGUGGGGUCAUUGGAAUAUUGCUGGUGUUCUCCUUCCUUCAGUUCAUCCUCGCCAUCAACAUCUCAGUUUUUGCCUGCAAAGCCACCUGUGAUACAAACUCUUCAGUGGUCAAUGUUUCAUUAAACCAGAGGGUUUCAGAGAAAGAAACAUCUCCACUUAACAUGCCACAACCGCCAAGGAGAAAUUAGCAGAAUGGAAAGAAAAUGCUUAAGAUCACAAUAAAUGAUCAAAU